UUUAUACAGUGUAUGAGCCGGCGUUGCUAAUUAACUACAACUCCCAUAAUGCACUCGGCAGUUAACACCCCGAGGAAGUUGAAAAAAAUCUCCAAACUUUCCCCAAAAAACAUCGUGGGCAGCAGAAAAAGUUUGCAUCCACGGUCAGUCCGCAGGCUGAGAGCAGAGGAGACUGUGGUCCUGAACUGGGCUCCGGCUAUUUCCUGCGUCCCACAGACACUGAACACACACACACAGGUACGAUGGCAGAGAGGGUGCUGGUGGUUGGGAGCGGAGGACGGGAGCACGUGCUGGCCUGGAAGCUGGCCCAGUCGCCACAGAUUCAGCAAGUCCUGGUGGCCCCGGGUAACGCAGGCACGGCCAACUGUGGGAAGAUCAGCAACUCUGAGGUAUCGGUGAGUAACCACGCCAUCCUGGCUCAGUUCUGUAAGGACCAUCAUGUGGGGCUGGUUGUGGUGGGUCCUGAGGUGCCACUGGCAGCAGGCAUUGUAGACGACCUGACGGCCGCCGGAGUGCCCUGCUUCGGUCCGUCUGCCAAAGCAGCUCAGUUGGAGGCCAGCAAAAGCUUCUCCAAGGCCUUCAUGGAGCGUCACGGCAUCCCCACAGCCCGCUACGGCUCCUUCACCGACCCCCAGGAAGCCUGCAGCUACAUCCGCACGGCCGACUUCCCGGCGCUGGUAGUGAAGGCCAGCGGACUGGCAGCGGGGAAGGGAGUGAUUGUGGCAAAAGACGCGGACGAGGCCUGUCAGGCUGUGAUGGACAUCAUGAAGGACAGAGCCUUUGGAUCUGCGGGCGAGACUGUGGUGGUUGAAGAGCUCCUCGAGGGAGAGGAAGUGUCUUGUCUGUGUUUCAGCGACGGCUCCUCGGUGUCUCCGAUGCCUCCGGCGCAGGAUCACAAGCGGCUGCAGGACGGCGACCUAGGGCCAAACACCGGCGGCAUGGGGGCCUACUGCCCCACCCCUCAGGUGAGCCAGGAGCUGCUGCAGCAGAUCAGAGAGUCGGUCCUUCAGAAGACUGUGGACGGGAUGAAGGAGGAGGGAACUCCUUAUGUGGGUGUGCUGUAUGCAGGGCUGAUGUUGACCAAGCAGGGGCCAAAGGUCCUCGAGUUCAACUGUCGGUUUGGAGACCCCGAGUGUCAGGUGCUGCUGCCGCUGCUGAAGAGCGACUUGUAUGAAGUUAUCUUGAACACCAUGAAUAGCAAACUGGCCUCCAGCGCCCCCGUGUGGCACCAGGACAGCUCUGCAGUCACCGUGGUUAUGGCGAGCGCUGGUUACCCCGGCUCCUAUAAGAAGGGAGUGGAGAUCACAGGUUUGUCUCAGGUUCAGGAGAUGGGGUCGCAGGUUUUUCACGCUGGCACCGCCCUGAAGGACGGAGCCGUUGUCUCCAGCGGUGGGCGGGUCCUGACAGUCACCGCAGUCAGGCCGUCCCUGGAGGCGGCUCUGCAGGCGGCCAAUCAGGGCGUGGCUGCUGUCGGCUUUCCGGGCGCCGUGUACCGCCGCGACAUCGGCCACCACGCCAUCGCCCACCUGAACCAACACAGAGGUCUGACCUAUAAGGACAGCGGAGUGGACAUCGCUGCCGGGAACAAGCUGGUGGACAUGAUCAAGCCUCUGGCCAAGGCAACGUCCCGCGCUGGGUGCAAUGCAGAACUGGGAGGCUUCGCUGGGCUGUUUGACUUGAAGGCAGCAGGUUUUGUGGACCCGAUCCUGGUUUCUGGGACAGACGGAGUAGGGACCAAACUCAAGAUUGCUCAGGCGUGUGGCCAGCACGGCGACCUGGGUCAGGACCUGGUGGCCAUGUGUGUGAACGAUGUGCUGGCUCAGGGGGCCGAGCCACUCUUCUUCCUUGACUACUUCUCCUGCGGCACCCUGGACGUGGAAGUGGCCGCCUCGGUGGUUGGCGGCAUUGCGAAGGCCUGCGAGAUGGCCGGCUGCGCUCUGCUGGGUGGUGAGACAGCAGAAAUGCCGGGCGUCUACGCUCCAGGAGAGUACGACCUGGCCGGGUUCUGCGUUGGAGCAGUGGAGCGCGGAGCCCUGCUGCCCAGGCUGGGGGACAUCGCCGAGGGGGACCUGCUGAUUGGAGUGGCCUCCUCGGGCAUCCACAGCAACGGCUUCAGCCUGGUCCGCAAAGUCCUGGAGAGGGCCAACCUGAGCUACAGCUCCCCGGCUCCUUUUGGAAGGUCGGGACAGACUGUCGGAGAAGUUUUGCUGACACCAACAAAGAUCUACAGUCGUCUGCUGCUGCCAAUCCUUCGCAGCGGGGCUGUCAAAGCCUACGCUCACAUCACAGGUGGUGGGCUCCUGGAGAACAUCCCUCGGGUGCUGCCCCAGGAGCUGGCAGUCGAUUUAGAUGCCUCUCGGUGGAGCAUCCCCCCCGUGUUUUCCUGGCUGCACAAGGAGGGGGGUCUGAGCGAGGAGGAGAUGACCCGCACCUUCAACUGCGGCCUGGGGGCAGUGCUGGUGGUUUCCCCUCUGGAUGCUCAGAGGGUCCUACGCCAGCUUCAGGCACAUGAAGAGGCCUGGAUCGUGGGUUCACUGGCCCACAAGCAAACAGGGGCAGAACCUGUGGUGGUCCGCAACCUCAAACACAGCCUGCUGAAUGCAGGACCCGCCCCCAGUGGAGAGUUUGUCGAGCAGAAUGGAGGUUGCCAUGGUGACCGCAGCACGCCACAGAAGAGGACCAGAGUAGCUGUUCUCAUCUCUGGCUCAGGCACCAACCUGCAGGCACUGAUAGAGCAGGCCAAGCGCCCAUCCAGCUGUGCAGAGAUUGUGGUGGUGAUCUCCAACAGACCUGGAGUUCAGGGCCUGAAGAGAGCGUCACUAGCCGGCAUCCAGACACGGGUGGUGGACCACAAGCUGUAUGGGAGCCGGGCCGAGUUUGAUGGCACCAUCGAUCGCGUGCUGGAAGAAUUCGGGGUGGAGCUGGUGUGUCUGGCCGGGUUCAUGAGGAUCCUCACGGGGACGCUUGUCAAGAAAUGGAAUGGAAAGCUUCUGAACAUCCAUCCCUCCCUGCUGCCGUCGUUCAAGGGUGUGAAUGCCCAGAAGCAGGCUCUACAGGCCGGGGUGCGGGUCGCUGGCUGCACGGUCCACUUCGUAGCAGUAAGUAAGGAAAUGACAGAUGUUGAAACCUGGAGCCCAACUGCACGAGUCACACAUUGUUUCCUCCCUGUGUGUUCAGGAGGAGGUGGACGCAGGAGCCAUCAUCGCGCAGGAGGCGGUGCCCGUGCUGGGCGGCGACACGGAGGAGAGCCUGGCCGACAGAAUCCGAGAGGCCGAGCACCGAGCCUUCCCCGCCGCUCUGGAGCUGGUGGCCAGCGGCGCCGUCAGGCUUGGAGAGGACGGACACAUCACCUGGAAGUCAAAUUCACAGGGUUAAAGGACACAGCAUUAAAGGUUUACUCAAUCCUGAAACGAAAACACUAACAAGGUCAAGAUGUUAACGUUCACUGGUCCACCACCUCCAACUGUCAUACUGAUGUCGGUUUAGAUUAAAUGGUAGCAUUUCAACUUCCUGAGUAAACAAGUAUUAUACUUGAAACAUUCCAAUUGUACCUUUUUAGAAAUGUGAGCUGCACUGGAAUUAACUUCUAAACUGGAAUAGAAUAGUCAGUGGUCUUUGUAAUGCUGUUCAGAUAGAGGAUGUUAGUAUAAUUAUGAAUUUGUGAACGUCUGUAUAUCAGUUAUUUCUUUAUUAAACCUGCCUGUGGGAAUGCAA